UGGUUUCUAAAAUAAAACAGACUCACUGGAUUGGUCUCAAUGAUCUGGAAACGGAAGGACACUGGGUUUGGGUGAAUAACCAAACUCUCAAAGAAACUAGAGUACAGCUCUGGUUCAGUGAGGGGCCAAGAGAACCUGAUAACUGGAAAAUUGAGGAUCCAUCUGGAGAGAACUGUGCUGCUCUGGGAGAUGAUAACGGCAAUUUUCAAUCUUGGUUUGAUGCUUCUUGUAAAAAACGUAAAAAAUUUAUUUGUGAAAAGAAAUAUUAAUUUACCUAUAUCAUUGAUACACAAUGAAACAUCAGUAAUAUAUAAUGUAGCUACUGUACACAUGCAGAACAAAUUCAGGUUUGGAUUUGCUUACUUUUACCCAACUAAAAAUGCUGCAUUUCUCCUGUUCUGUCUUAUACUAAAUGAGAUCUAAAGCAGAUUUAAAUAAUAAAGCAUAAGCUUUUUGAUUUGAUAGCUCAUACUUCACUCAUCUUGCAGUCAGUUUUAAAAUCAAAAUGACAUGCAAUUCUGUAAUUCAAUGCUUUAAUAUCAUCUGUGAAACUGAAGAUUAAAAUAAAUGUAUAGUCAAAAUCAGUUUUUUGCAGACAUCUGAAGAUAAUGAGUGCUAUAGAUAAAUUAACAAUGUAAAUGUGUGCUACAGCUAUUUCAAGUCACAAUAGGUCCCUGUGAAAAAUUAAACUAUUUAAUCACUGCUUAUUUGAUUUUGUGUGUUUACAACAUGCAGUUUUUGCCAGUUCUGGUUUGUUUUCUCAACAAGAGAUCACUAAAUGCAGUCUCUACUGAUUCCUGUAGUAUGUUUUAUUGCUUGUGAAAUUGCUCUUCUGUAUUUCAAGAGGUAAUACAGAAAAUAGCACCACAAUUAAAUAGACAUUACCAAAUCAUGCUGUUUAUGUUGGAAUUUCUGUUUUUGUUUUGGUCAUUGCCCAUAUAGUCUAUCAACUGCUGUCAGCAUGUCAACAUUGCACACUGCACCUAAGGGUUUAUGUACAAGAAAUGUCUUCUUUUUUGUUUUGUUUUUUGAAAGAAGCAAUAUUAUUAACUAUUUUGAUAGAAGAGACAAGCCCAAUGCAAGAAACACAAGACAGCUUGACAGAAAAACUAAAUAUGGGUGAGUGAAAUGGGUGUUUAAAGACAUAAUUGUCAUGAAACUUCUGUCAUUUUCUUUUUUUUGGAAAUGUCAUCAUAUUUAGCCUAGGUUUUUUUUUUUUUUUGCUGCUGCUAUACUGUCUGCCAAUGAUUGUUUCCUGUGCUACACUGAUGUCUGUUUAAAUAGUUUGUUGGACUUCCUUAACAGUCAGUCACUCAGACAUCUGCCAGUUUAAUGAAAUGGAUGCAAUCUAUUCAAAUUCUGAAAUUGUAUGUUCAACAACUGCUUCAAUUAACAAAUGCUCCCGGUACAAAGGCCAGGAGACCCUCAAGAAAGAAGUGACUGUUCAUAAACAGAUUAAAGUUCUUCUGAUAGUUCUCAGUGUCUGUCUGGUCUUUGCUUUCGGAGGAGUUUGUACUCUGGCGAUACUUCUUACACAUGCUACACACUUCAAUGUGUCUGUGUCUGAUCAGGACAACAAUGCCACAGAUUACAAAGCACAGUUUGAUGCGCUUCAUAACCAGCAUGAGGAGACGCUUAGAAAGCUGAACAGAUUAAAUUACAGCACGGGUUGUGCUCUUUGUGCCGUCCACUGGGUUCAUUCUGGAGGAAAGUGUUACUACUUCUCUAAGGUCAAGAUGAACUGGACACAGAGUCGAGAUCACUGUGUGACUCUAGGAGGACAUCUAGUGAUCAUAAACAGCAAAACAGAACAGGAUUUUGUUACUUCUAACGUUAAAGUAUCCCAUUGGAUUGGUCUCAAUGAUUUGGACACUGAGGGUCACUGGGUUUGGGUGAACAACCAGCCAGUUAAUGAUUCAGUAGAAUUCUGGAUUAAACGAGAGAACGGAAUCAGAGAGCCUGAUAACUGGACUAAACACCAUCCGGAUGGUGAGGACUGCGCUGGUCUGGGACGUUCUAUCAGAGACACAGAUUUCUGGUCGGAUGCUUACUGUUUUCUAGAGAAAAGAUUUGUGUGUGAAGCUCCUGCAGCAGUUUAGUUCACCGCUCCCGAAUAGAUUUUGGCCAGUUGCUCAUUACUACUUUUUAAUGAAACAUCUGUAAGCUUCGCAUUAAAUGUAAAGCAGUUUCUGCUUUUAACACACACACAUAUAUAUUGUUUUUUCGAGUUGAAUGCCACCACAAAGUCAUAAUCACAAAUAAGGAACUUUCUUUGGGCCCAGGGCUUCCAGGUUGUGGGCAUGUUUGUGAAAAAAUAUGGCAUCUGUAUUAUUGGUAAACUUUUUUAAUUUACAAUAAAAUUACUUUGGAAAAGAGCAUAGAUGGAAAUAUGUUUCUUGCACCGUAUGAUAUUAUUUCCCCAAACCUGCAGACUAACAGCAACUGUUCAAGUAACAAACGGAAGCCAACGUAGGGACAUAUAAAAUAAAUUUUAUUAUCCAUUUUUCUGAAUUUCUACACUGUAGUGGCUUUUAUAUAGACACCAUCAUCAGGAAAGACUGCUGGACACUGACACAACAUCACUGUCUGCUGUGUGUCCGAGCUUCAAUAUAUAAUUACUGUAUGGAAAAAAGAAAGGGAAAAAAAAAAAAAAAA